GACACCGGAAACGGAAACUGGGAGGGAGGAGGGCGGAAGCUUCGGAAAGAAACAGCAACAGCCAAGAUGAACAUUCUUCCCAAGAAGUCAUGGCACGUGAGGAACAAAGACAACGUGGCCAAGGUGCGGCGGGACGAGGCGGAGGCCGAAGCGCAGCGGCAGAAGAAGGAGGCCCGAGCACUACUUGCUGAACAGGAGGCCCGGACUGAAUUCCUACGCAAGAAAGCACGCCUGUCAGCUCCAGGAGGUGAUGACAGCAGCUCGGACAUCCUCGCUUUAGGCUCAGAAAGGCCCUCGCGCCAUCUAAAUCUCUUUCAAGAGUUGGAAGAAAGUGGCAACAAAGAAUAUGAGGAGGAGAAGAGGCAAGAGAAGGAGCGUCGGGAAAAAGCUCUGGGUAUCCUCACGUACUUGGGCCAGAGUUCAGCAGAGGCCCAGACGAGUCGUCCCUGGUACCAGGAGCUGCCAGAACGCAGUGAGGCCGUCGCCAAAGAUGAGAAGCUGAAAGGGAAGUUGGAUCCCCUGGCCGAGAUGGAAAGGCACUUGCGGAAGAAGAAGGGAUCCCACAAGAAAGACGGGAAGAAAGACAAGCAGGAGCAAAAAGGAAGCGGAGGAACUCUGGCUUUCAGGCCUGCCCCUUCCUCAGCAUCGUCGUCAUUGGAGCAACUGCGCCAGGAGAGGUUGCGCCGCGAGAAGGCAGAGCGAGCCCGUGCCGAGAGCCUUCUAGCCCAAAGGGCAGGCACCCUCCCACUCCAGGAGGAGGAAACAGAUGAAAGAAAACGGGGCUACAACUCUCAGUUUAACCCGCAACUGGCAAGAAAGAGAGUCUGGGAACCACAGUGAGGUGUCGUGCAAGCGUGAUAUUACCAAACGCUGCAAUGAGACAAUAGCAGUAGCAAUGCUGUCAGGCAAAGCAUGUUAUCCUGCAGUAUCAAGAGAGGAAUGCUGUCAGAAUCAAUUUUCUUCAAGAGGAAUAUGCAUUAAUUUUCUUCUUGCUCGAUGCAACGUAUUAUUUAUUGAAUUCAUACCCGGGCCUGGGGCGUGGACACGUUCUGGUCAGUAUACAGUAAUCAGGAUUAGGCUAAGGAAGACUUUGGCAUGUGGGCUUCAGUAAUACACACACUCACCUUAUCACUAUCGUUUUCUGGAUUAGGGCUAGGCCAGAGGCUGCUCCACCAGCUAUGCAAUCUAGCAGUUGCCUGCCUUGAGACCAUUAUGUACAAUGGCAGCUGGAUAACAAGUUCUGCCUAUUUACUCCAACCCCCCCCCCCCCCGCUUCCAAGACCUCACCUCUCCCUAUUCAUCUUCGUUUUCCUCAAGGAAAUUGGUGUAGGCCAAAGCCUGUUAGUAUCUAUUGUGCAGGAUAUGCAUCAGUAUCUACUGUGUUUUGAAAUGGAUUCUGGCCAAUAAAGGACAC